ACACAUCUUCCCAAUUCUCUUCAUUCCCGUGCUUUUACCUGCAUAGCGUUCCCUACACUUCUACACGAUUUCCAUCUACUUCAUUACGAUACUCUGCUUACAUCGGAACUCCGAUUGCAUCCCAAUACUCGGCAGCACAACAAAAAAAAAAUGGCCACCAUACCUCCCCCAAAGUGGUGGGAAGAUGAGGAACACCCCAACACACUGCAGUGGAAACACAUGGGUGGCGAAAACACCGUUUCCACCAAGGUUUCUGUCGCGAUGGACCAGUAUGGAACACUUCAACCACAUGAAUUUUUCGGCCCAGCAAAAUACGUUCGUUGGUGGACCAACUACCUCCACGCCGGCUACAAAUAUCAGCAUACAAUCGCAGACGGUUACUGUGGUAUAUGGGCUCUCCAGAUCAGUUUGGCACCCAUAUAUGAGAUGUAUGGUAUGAUCCCCCCCGAUGCUUCGCGGCUAUAUGAGAUCUCGCAAUCUUCGCAGGUCGAAGAGUUGUUUCGAGAGUCAUCACGGGCAGUGGAUCUUGUCUCGGAGGCACCCGAAGUGAGUGAAGAUUGGUUCGAGCAUUACCACCUCAGCGCGACUCUCCGUAUCUUGGGAGAAGCAGACGGUCUGGAGUUCGGGUUCGGCGUGGUGACCCAACAUGCCGAGGAUCGACAUUCAGUGAGUGUCGAUUCUACUUACCGGAGGGCGAGUACCGACGCGGCUGAGCGUGAUUGGGACGGCAUUGUCUGGAUCCAUAAUUUAGAUGCAUACCAUUGGUCAGGUAUUGCGCCUGAUCCGGAUGUUCUUCCCUAUCUCGAGACAAAGAAAACUUUCUUUGUCAUUGACGUCGACCAGUCCGAAAAAUCCGAUCUGAGCGCACCAAAGUCUGAACCCAACCAACCGUCCGCUAGCCCACACAACGCAAGAUGUGAGACUGUGUCAAACUCGACCAACAUCACGAAUGAAGUGGAUCCCUCUCCAAGCCAGCAAACCUCUGCAUGGUCAACUGUGAAUGAUUGGGUGAGGAAUAUUUCGCGUGGCUCGACAGAACAAACAAAUCCGAGGGGGACCAAGCGCGUUUCUUCCAAUUCCUCCAGCACCAUGAGAUUUUCAAAGUCCCCCCCGAGUAAUAGACUUCGGACAGACACGUCAUUCCAGGCAUCAGAUCUGCGUCGACCGAGUCAUUAUAUGGAUUGGGAAGCUACCGAGACAACUCCUGUGCAGGGUGAAGUCACGCCUGAACAGAAGAGUUUCUUGCAAGAAAUGGGCUUACCUAGUAAUAUGGACAUCAGGCAAUUUGGUGGCAAUGUAUUCCUGUCGAUGAAGAUGCAAGAUUUAGCCAGUUCUCGGACUACCACGUUACUAUAUCACGACGUAGAAGGGAAUAUUCCUGUGGGUCACAAGGCAUUCAACGAGCGGGAUCCUAUGAUCGGACCAUGGAGAGCGAGUCAUCAUCAACAAUUGAUUGAAGAAGCGCAAAAGAAAAGCUUGAAACCUAUCACGCAUGCUCCUAAGUGGUUCGAUGAAAUUCCUUGGGACAAUAUCGAGGGUAUCUCGAUUGAAGAGUUCAUUAUAUAUUUUCCGAACCACGCUGUCAGAUGGCCGGGUAUCGCGCUCUACAUAAGACAUCUAGGUUGGGACCGAUUAUUCUACCGAAUGACACGCAUGAUCAAUCUAGCUCGCGGGACGCAUCAAAUGAUGGACCAAAGCGCGGCCGUAGUCCAGGUUCUGCCGUUGAUGAUGAAGAUGCAGCAUGCGAUUCGCCAUUUCGAUCCCAAUUACAAGAUUGGGGAUCAUCCGCAAAUUGACAUGGACUUCAUUGCAGAAAACAUCAAAGUCAAGCCGUACAAGUUCCCUAAAUAUCCGGUAAUGGCAUCCGUCGCUGAAGCCGACGGCUACAUAGCACCGUGGGUUAAUGAAUUCGAAAACCGACCCUUCUCUCGUAGGAUCAAACAAUCCCGCCAAAUCCACGCCCCAAAUAUGCUUAGAGCAUCCUCUAAGCACCCAGAGAAGUUUCCGUUCCGACUGUCCGACGCUGACCAUAUUCCCACAAAUGUCCCACAAAUACGGCCUGAGAGGUUUCAAAACGACGUGCCGAUGAGCUCCCCCUCUGUAGCUCAAUUCCGUGUACCAUCUAGACCAUUUAGAUCUUCCACUCCUCUUCUCCCGACACCGAACUUCGACGAAGAUAGUCUAGAUUUUACAGAUGUAGAUGAUGAGAUCCAGAUCAACCCCGUUUCGCCAACCCCGAAAGCCCCAUUAAUCACAGUCUGCAAUUUCGACCGGUUCUGCAACAACGUAAAUUGUUCAUGGGCGCACAGCGGUCCUGCCGCUCGCGACAAUGUUGUGAUUAACACGGAGCUUCCGGCAUGCAGGUUUGCGCUGAAUUGUAAGAAUACAGAGUGCGCAAGAAGUCAUCCUUCCCCUGCAGGUCUGUCGCAGCCGAAAGGGCAACGAGACGAGCGCGGACACAAGAGUGGCGCAAAGCACAAACGAACUGAGAACGUAGAUCGUGAAAAGCCGUAUGUAAACCAAGCGAAAGGGAAUAGAGAUCAGGUCGAAAACAAGCCGAGACCGCAGCCUCACCACAAACGAGGCAAUGGAGGCACGAAAUAUGAUGGAGCAGAUCGAGGUAAUGGGAAUAGGGACAAUAAUGGUAACGGAAGCAAACAUGGACAUGGAGAUAAGUCUAGUCAUGGAACACGAAGAGAUGAAGAUGGUCGAAGUCAUGGAGGUAGCGGAGGUGCAGGAGGCCAUAAAGGAGGCAACACCCCCAGGAACAACGGCAAGAGGAAUGGCGGCCAUAGAAAUGGGAGGAGACAAUAA